AAAAGUACUACACUACUUUAUACGGGAGCGUGGGACGUAAGAGUUCCAUUGCGUGAUCACAUGGUAGUGUUGUGACGUUAUCAAGUUAUCCUUCGUCCUCAGCGGGCUGCUACAGCAGAGGCGAGUGGUGCUGAGCCCUAUGACAUCACGCGCUGGCGUUAUAACAUCACCUUGCGAGGUUGCUGCGAAGAAAGUAUGACAUCAUUGCAUCACGUUUGGCUUCGUGGAACCAUGACGUCACCCUGCGGAGGACGGAAGUGACUCUAAAGGCGGGGGUGUUGUUUAAGGGAACACCCUCCACCUCGAACAGUCUCCAAGGCGGGUGGGUGGAUGGCGGGAAUGAAGGCUAACCGAAGGGACUAUUUCCUUUUCUUUUUCCAGCGGAGGAAUUUUUUAAUGGUUCCAUCAGCGCGAGGAGCGGAGGGAUAUGACGCUGUGGGAGGAGUUGCGUGCCGUGCGCAGAGACGAAGGGGAUCCGGCAGAGGCUGCUAGAGGGAGAGGGAGAGUCGGGGGCAGCGGCGGAGACGGAGCAGGGAGGGGGCAAAGGACGGCGAGCCGAAGGGGCCCCCCACCCAGGCGCGAGGGGGACGGGAGCGCAACGUGAGCCCGCCUGCCGGCCUCCCUCCCUGCGGCCGGACCCUGCCAGCCACCCAGCCAGCCACCCCUCCCCCAUCCUUACUCACCUCACCGCUUCGGCCAAUCAGCUGUGGGGGGGCCGCGACGAUAGCGGAGGGUACCAGCCUCGCAGCCAAUCAGCGUCAGGGGCUCGCGGGGCCGCUUGCCGCGAGCCUGGACGAAGGCGAAAAGGUGGGGUGAGUUGAAAAGCACCCUCAACGGCCGGCGCUCUUAAAGGUACAGCUUGGGGGGGCCCGCGAGAAGAGGGGGCACUUUCAGCCGGAGGACAACAACCCCCCCAACCGUCAGCUCCUGUCAAUGGAUUUAAAGGGAGCUCGGCCCUCUUAAAGGGGAGUUCUUCUCGGGCCCUCAUUGUGGCUAAGAGGGAGGGGUGGCCCUUAAAGGUGAAAUUUGGGUUUCUCCGGAGGACCUUGAACGCUGGGUCCUUAAAGGGCCGUGCAAGCUGACAAGGAGGAAAAAGAAAUGUUUGGAGGGCUUUUAAUUCCGGUUGCUGAGAGAGUCGAUGUCUGACAAGGGAGAACUUUAAAUCCACAUUCUUAAAGGGGAGGCCAUGCUUUGGCAGGAAAUGUGUGGCGGACUCAAAAUCGAACACUCUUAAAGGGGAAAUCGAGACCCUUAAAGGCAAGGUCACACCCUGUGGGAGGAAUCCGGGAGGCCUCUUCUUCACGGACGGUGGUUCGCGAGGAGGAGGAAGAAAGUGUUGCUUCCCGGGAAAGCAGAAGAGGAAGAAGAGAUGGCCCCGCGGAGCCGCUUCCCGAGCGGGGAGCCCUCGGCCGAGCGGAGGAAGUGAGUUGCCCUCUGGGCGGAAGCCGCUUGCCAUUGUUGGCAGGAGCCACCUCCGCAGUUUAAAGGGGGCUGGCAGUUCCGUCGGGGGGCGAACCCCGAAUUCCCCUGAGGGAAAGUCGAAAGUGACAGUUUCGUGGUUCAUCUUCGAAAAAAACCACACAGAUAGGCACUUAAAGCAAAGGCUUCCUUCAACCUGCAAGAAAGUUGCCAUGCGCUGGGGUUUGUUUUAAAAUUGGAUUUAACAAACAAACAAACAAAUAUAUAUAUAUAUUUAAAGGCACACUGUGUCGCAGUUGGAGGGAUGUAAAACCCUUGUCCAAGGCGAGGGUGUUUUGACAGAUUUCCUUCCCCACCCAAACAGGAGGCUCCAUGUUAGAGAGAGAUCUCUGUGCGCCGGCAGGGGCUGAUUUUGUGUAAAGGAGGAAAACGUUAGUGGGUCACCUUCCACUUUUUAGAGUUCUAUGUUGAAAGUAUUUAAUUCCUUUUAAUUUAAUGGUCUUGCCUUUAAGACAAAGACCAAAAACAAACAGAAAAAAACAGAAGCUGCCAUCCCUGUCACUUGAGAGGGAAUUAAACUUGAAUGAAAGGAGAGUUGCUUUGACUUUCCCAGAGCAAAGAGGAUCCUCUUGUGUUGAGUAGGCUCUCUAAAUGUAAAUCAAGGAAAGGUUGCUGACAACUGUAAGGUGUAAAAGCCCAGGAUUUUUUUGUUUUGGCGACAAAAUACAAAACCCCCUUUUUUAGGGAAAAGAAGAGGGGAGCCUUGUUCUUGCUUUUCCAAGUGGCAUCUGCGGAAGAACAAGGGCUCAGUUGAGAGCAGCUGCAAUGCAACUGGCUGGGGAAGGGUGAAGAGUGCCCCCCCCACCUCCUUGCGUGUCUGCAGUAUCCACAGGACACAACACGACACAUUCUCUGUACCUCAAGGGGGGAACCAUGGAAGGAACAGCGGCAGCUCCUGCCCCAUGCUGGAGUGGGGGAGGAGGCAGCAGUAGCCGAACACGGAGGCAGCGGCGUUGUUCACGGCGGGACCGUGAGAGCCGCUGCACUCGCCGCCGGGGAAGCCGUCCUGGGGAUGGAUCUCGUCGUGGGCUCUUGUCGUCUUCAUCUUCAGGAUCGGACAGUGAAGGCCCCUCCCCACCUGCUCCUGUGGCACCUGGAAAAGGCCACUCCCUGCAGAAGCACCAGCAGCAGCGUCGAAGGCGCCGGCCCCUCCGGCGGCGGAAGAGACCCUCUGGAUCGUCCUGCAGCCGCGAUGAGGAGGAGGAGGAAGAGGAGGAGGAGGAUCUCAUUGAUGGCUUUGCCAUUGCCAGCUUUGUCAGCCUUGAGGCACUUGAGGAUGCUACCUUGAAGACCCCAGAGCGGCUGGAGCUUCGGAUGAAGCAUUCUGGAAAGAGAAAACGGGGAGAGGGGAACAACUCUGAUCCUGAAGAUGAGGAUGGGAGCUCGGAGAAGGGUCGCAGCCGGGAGAGAGCAGUGAGGAAACGUACCAAGAAGCGGCACAAAGAGCCUUCUCUCCAAUCCUACCUGGAAACUGGAUAUAUAUGUGAUACAGAAAGUGACCCAGAGGAGCAGGCCUCCGUUGAUGACCUCGAACAGUCAUUCACUGUCUCAACCAGCAAAGCAGCCUCGGGACCCAUUGGUGCAUUAAACGGGAGCUGUGAAGCCAAACUCUCUGUGAUCCCUAAAGUCUCUGGCCUGGAGCGGAGCCAGGAGCGUAAUUAUGAGGCAGACCGGGACCCCCUGCUAGUGCCUUUCCUGCCCAAGGAGCCCCCUUCUCAGGCAGCCGCAGCCCCUGCACCAGCUCAAGCCUUGCCCCCCAGUCCUCCUGCCCCACCUCCCACCAGGACAAGGGCUCAGACGCCUAAUGCUGUUCGCGGGACACCCCAACCCAAAGGCCAGCUGCCUCCGAUGCCUCAGGGGGGAGCCGUCCCCCACAACCUCACCCAGAGCCAGCUGCACAUGAAGGUACCGCCCUUUGCCAGUCAGACGCAAGCGCCAUACACUGUAGGGCUGGAUCUCAGCACCGGAGGGUGCAGCCGCGGCGCAGCUCACCCCAAGCCCAUUCUCCCACCGUGCUCCCCCUCUUCCUCUCAGCUCCCUCACCGGCCCUCCACCCCCUCGCUGGCCCUGCCUCCCCACGCCUUUCCGCCCACCCUUCGGCCCCCUUCCCACCACCACCCAGGCAUGUUCACCCCCUCGCCUGGCCUCCCACCGCCACCCCCGCUGCUUCAAGUUGCCGGGCACCCAGCUGCAGCCGCUGCCAUAUCUGAACAAGAGCUAAUCCGCCAAGACCUGAGUUCGCGCUUCCUCACGGCCCAAGGCGGCGCCGACAUGGGGGCUGCCGCUAUCCGCCCGCUGGCUUUCCAGUUCCACCAACACAACCACCAGCACCAGCACACCCACCAGCACACCCACCAGCACUUCACCCCUUUCCCACCAGGCAUGGUGCCCACAGCCAGUCCAGCCAUGUAUGAGAAAUACCCUGGCAAGAUGGAUGGGCUCCUGCGGCACAAUUUUUAUGCCGCCUUCCCCCCAACCGUGUCGGGGAUCUCCCCGGUCCUGCCUCCCGCUGUGACUUUUGGCUCCCUGCAGGGGGCGUUCCAACCUAAGGUGAAGCCUCCAGACAUAGUAGACAAAUGGGCUUUUCUGUUCUUUUUAUCUUGGAAGGGGGGAAGUUCUAGAAUUCAGGGCUCCUGGGUUCCCCCUCCCCAACCUCCUGGUGGAUUUUUAGACUCCUGGGGAAUCUAUGUGAAGAGUUGGGGGGAGCAGAGUAUGUGGAUGCGGGGAGCCAGGGUUACUGGGGAGAAGUGGAGCCCCAAAGCUUUUGAGCAUGAAGAGCAGGUGCUUGGACUCUUGGGUUCAUCUGCUGGCUCUGGGAAAGAAGUGGGGCCGAGGGGAGCAUCCCUCGUGAUCCGGAGAGCAUGUGUGUGUGUGUGUGUGUGUGUGUGUGUGAGAGAGAGAGAGAGAGAGAGAGAGAGAGAUGUCCUGCAUGGCCUGCAUGGAGUGGCAUUCUCCCCUCGUCCUGAGGUGGACAGGGAGGCUGGGAGCCAGAGCUCCUCAAUAGCUGGGUUGGGGAGCCAGGAUUCUAUGCGGAAAACAGAGAAGGCGGAGUGCAAGAAUGGAUUUCUGACCUCUGCCAAGAGGAUUGCACGAUUCUCUGUGUGCUUGGCAGAGGGAUCUGAAUGUGGAGAGAGGAGGGUUAUCCUCAGCAGCCUGUCUCCUCUUGACCCAUUGUUUCUUCCCCAGAGUACUAACCCUGAUCUGCCAUCCCGGCUGGGGGCUGUCCCACCUACCUUGUCCCAGAAAGGCACUCAGCUCACCGAUCCCUUCAGGCCAACGCUAAGAAAGCCCGGGAAGUGGUGCGCCAUGCACGUUCGUGUAGCAUAUAUGAUCCUGCGGCACCAGGAGAAGAUGAAGGUAGGGUGGGCCUGCGCCGCCUCCCCCCUCCGCCUGCGUACAGUGAUGGGGUGUGGCGCAGCUCCUGCUGGUAGCCGCCAGAGGGUCGCUGCAAGCAACGGGAGAAGCUUCUCCCAUUCUGCUCUUCUGAUGUCUGUGUUGGACCCUGGAUCCAAGGCGGGGUCUCUGGUGCAGGGUGACCCCCAGAAAUUAGACUUCCGGAACGACCUUCUCACCGGUUUGCCUGGUACAGGAGCCUUUGGCAGCUUGCCUCACAGCCAGGAACUGGCACGCCCAGCCACUCUCUUCACAGCCUCAGGUGCCAUCCACCACCCAGGCAGUGGCACAUCAUUUGGUCCUGCCGGCACCCCUCAUGGCUCCUUCCUCAGCCCCAGCCCCCACAUUGGUAAGAGCUGGCGCACCAGAAUGCCAGGGCCGGUGGGGCAGGACCCAGCAUCUUCCGUACGAUUGUUCACUCCUCUGCUCGCCUCUUUUCCAGAUCCCUUUGGCAGGCCCCCCAGUUUUGCCUCCCUCGGGGCGCUCUCCAAUGGGGCUUUUGGGGGCCUGGGCAACCCAUCUUUCAACUCGAGUGCUGUCUUUGGGCAGAAGGACAGUCCCGGAGCUCCAGCCUUCCCUAGCCCCCAUGAGGCAUGGAACCGCUUGCACCGCACACCCCCUUCCUUUCCCACUGCCCCAGCCUGGCCUAAAGGUGGGGCUGGAGAUGGGGCUGAGCGUGGUGGAACCCAGCAUGAGAAGGAGAGUGAGAAGCCAGAAGGGCCAGUGAUCAAGGAUGAAAAGGACAGAGAUGCCCUCUUCUCGCGCCAUCCACUGCGUGCCUCUCCAGCUACUCCCACCCCAAAGAACCUAGCAUUGACUCACGAGGAGCUCCCAGGCCGGUCACACAUCCCGGCAGAGCGUGAGCAUCGCUACGGAAGCCCGGCAGGUUCAGGCCACGCCUCCCGCUCCCCUUACCCAGAGCUGCCUCUGAAGAAGGAAGUGAAGGUCAAGGAGGAGCCUGAGUUGACGGGCUUCGAGGGGGCGCUACGCACAGGGCCUCCCUUCCACAGCACCCUGCAUGUUUCCCACCCCCUGGGGACGCUGGCUGUGUUUGAGAGACCCCAGGCCGGAACUGGUGGAAGCGUCUCCCCAUACUUAGUUGCUGCCCCACCCUCAGCUGCCUCCUAUGCUGCGCUUGAAGCUUGGCGCGAGCCCUAUCACCGGGGGCUGGAGCUGCACCCGCUACAGCGCCUGCCCCGCUACCUGGAGACCUCGUCGCCUGCCGCCACUGCCGCCGAGGACUACGAACGGGCCCGAUUAUAUGGCCUGGCGCCCCCACCCCACCCCAGCCUCAUGGCCUAUCCCCGCCACCCAAAUGGGCUGCUGGCAAAAGCCACCCCUGCUGCGGCUGCCGCCGCCGCAGCUGCCGCUGUAGGACUGCUGAGCGCCCCCCCGCCUCUCAUCCCUGCUUCGAAUGCUCGGCCCUGCUCUCCCCGCCGUGCUCCUGACAUCCGGGAACUGGCAGCCUACAAGGACCGGGACUCCAGAUAAUGGUGCUCUGGGACAUGUGUGCACCUGUAUCAAGCAGCUUCCCUCGUCUCCAGUGGACUGGUGGGGUCAGUGUGAGCCCUGGGCAGAGAAACCGAGCCCCCCACUCCCUUCCUGUCAGGCAGGGAUAAGAGUGCAGCCUCCUGCUGCCUUAACCUGAGGAGCACCCAGCCACCCCUCCCAGAAGGACUUUAGCCUCCUUCAGCUAUGAACCUCUUCCAAGCACAGGUUGGGGCUUAAGAGAUACGGGGUGUGAUGUCUCUGUUUUAGGGGUGUUUGUGGCGGAGGGAGGGCAGGAGUCGAGGGGCUGGUGUGCCCUCAGUUUGGGGUCCCGGUUUCUUCCCAGAUCCCUCUUCCUAACAGGUUUGUGUCUGCUUCCAGUAUUCCUGCUGGGCUGAAAUGGCUCUGGGGCGUGUUCUCCCUCAAUGGACUGAUGGGAAAGCUGCUUUCAGGGGAAGGGGGAGGGCUGUAUCUUGGGGCACCUCCCCCUGCCAGGCAGUGUAAAUAUUUAUAUAUUCUGCCCCAAGCAGGUGGGGGAAAAGGUUUUUUUGUACAUUUAUAAAAGGUUUGAGAUUGUGAUUUUAAAAGUGACUUCUCCCUCUUCUCCUAUCCUCCCCCCACAGCUCCCCUUGUUUUUACUGUACUGCUCUUUUCUAUACCUGUAUCUGCACCCUCUCCACCUCCUGGUCCCUUUCCUCCUUCUGUAAUUGAUCGGAAAGGUGCAGUGAUGAGGGUGCAAUGCACUUGUCCUGUGCCCCUUUUCUUCCCCAGGUUGGUUAAUUAAAACCCAAACUGGUGCUUCUGGAUUCCUCGGUGUGUGUGUCUUUGGAUGGAUGGCGGGGAGGAGGGCAGGAGGAAGAGGAGGGGAAAGCGCAAGACCUCUACAAUCUUUCUCACUUGAAUCCUGGGUGUUUAGCCCCAUCUGUUGGAAGCAGGACACUAUUACGGUAGAUUAAAAGUGGAGUUCUGGGAAAGGGAGGCUGGCACCCUGGAAGAGUAUAAUUUUUGUAGCCCUUUAAAAGAUAAAAGAAAGGGAACAAGACUUGGAGCCAAACUGUACACUGCUUGAUCAAGAUUCCCCCAAAAGCAUCCCAUCUCCAGAGCAAUUGUGAUGGUAUGGAAGUAGGACACUAGUUUUACAGGUGGUGAAACCCUUUGGCAUGAAGGCAGCAUCAACAGUGUUUUUGCUUUGGAAGAGAAAUGAAAGCCUCAUUUUAGUCUCUCUCUUCCCUCACCCUUUUGUUUUAGGGACAGAGUGAUAAACCAGUGCAAGUGGCUGCCUGAAAUUGAAAGUGGGUUUUCCAUUUCCCUGCCCCCACCUUUAAUCCUUCCUGCACAAGUGCUAGACUUAGAUCCCAGCAGACAAAGCCCUUUCUCCAAAGGAUGAUCCCACACACCAGAGGGCAACUUAAGAAAUGCCCAUUAAAAAGCUAACACCUGCCAGGGAGUUGGGCAAAAUGAAAUGGUCUAAGAUAUCUGCAGGACAGACUUCAUAACUCCUUUGAAGUUGGGACAAAGUAUGUUUUGGUGCCUCUCACUUUCAUUGCUAUAAGCCAUGCCAAGACACUAAGGUAAAUUUGUGCAGGUCUACAGGUAACCCCUACCAGUCAUAGCCAGAGGUUUUCCCACCCAAGUGUGGUAUCUUUGCUAGCCACUAUUGAACACUGAGCUAGAUUUGAUGCUCUGAGCAGCACUGAAAGCCCUAAGGAUUUCUCUCUCUACCCUAAAGGCUGGAUUUUCAUUACUAUGAGUUGCCCUAGUAUGAUAUAUCAUGCCAAAUGAGAGUGGAGGAGGAAGUAGGCCGUUGAUGCUGCUUGUAGCCUGGUUGGUUAUGGCAAGGGAACCAGUCUAUAAUUCACUUUCAAACCAGUAGUUGUCAGUCUUUGACACCUCUGCCACAAACACUUCCUAAUGUUGAGAAAGUACAUAAAAGGGGCAGACAUCUCCAAAUCCUGUACUAUCCUGGUAUAUUAUGAAACAGGGUUGGCAGUGUGGAAUUGUCAUUGGGGAGAUCCCCUGGCUAUCACCAGCCUGAGAUCUCCGAUUCUGGAGUUUUGCUUCACAUCCCUUCCAACUCUUUAACACCAUAGACUGUUUGGGCUUUGGUAGAAUCUGGGGGAAAGUGAUAAAAGAUGUGGCAUUACAGCCAGAAAUGAGCCAGGCUGGGACUACUACCAGGUUGGACCCUUAUUUUUCUCCAUUCUCACUUCAAAAGCCACAUACUGUAUUGUUCAUUGCGAUCCCUUGGGGAAAAGGGGGAAAUCUCACUAAAUAUUGAAUGGCCAUGAUUAAGUGACACAUACAUAAUUGGUUUAUACUCCUUGUAUUUUCACAAAAGUUCUCCAUUGCAGCAAUUUUUAAAUCUCUGUGAUAAGAAUAGGAUGGAAGAGGUAGGUAAAAUGGAAAGUUUCUUGUCUGUGAAGUUUGCUUUGUACUUUUCUGCUUUCUAGUAGUCUCAGUGUUUGGUACUGUCUCUUUCCAACCAGGAGGCAGCAAAGAAUCUGGAGCAACAAUGACUGAAAUCCAAAAUCCCUUUUAAAACCACUUUAAUAAGAAUGAACUUUUCUUUCCUCCGCCAAGCCACAAAUUUAGAGAUUUUAUCAUGUUCCAGGUCAUGGGUAGGCAAACUAAGGCCCGGGGGCCGGAUCCGGCCCAAUCGCCUUCUAAAUUUGGCCUGCGGAUGGUCCGGGAAUCAGCGUGUUUUUACAUGAGUAGAAUGUGUCCUUUUAUUUAAAAUGCAUGUCUGGGUUAUUUGUUGGGCAUAGGAAUUCGUUCUGCCCCCCCAAAAAAUAUAGUAUGCCCCCCACAAGGUCUGAGGGACAGUGGACCAGCCCCCUGCUGAAAAAAAUUGCUGACCCCUGUUCUAGGUGAUGCAGGGAUCAUUUUGCAGAAAUGAGUGCAACUAGCCAAAUGCUAUAUCCUAGGCUACUUUUAUUUUUUAUACAUAAAAACACGCCACCUACAUGCCUGGUUCAGUUUGGACUGAAGCUCUUGUUUGAAACAUGAAGUAUUGGAAAAGUGUAGUAGUCCUUACUCUUGCCUUUUAUACGCCACUCUCUACAUAUUCACAAAUUGAAUUGGGUGGCAAAAGCGCUUAGGAAAUCGGGAAUCCUGCAGUUUUCAAUCUAAUUUGGGAUUGUGUCUCCCAGCUUUUUAAAAUGGUUUUAUUUUUAUAUUUUUAACACACAAAGAUACAUGAUGUCUUUGAGGUGGUACCAAAUUAUCCAAAAGACUGAGAUGGAUCUCUAAUGUCCAAUAUUCUUGAUGAGCUGUUUUGUAUUUUUUUAAAAAACAAAACAAAACCUGGUAGAUCAAUAAUGGUUCCCAAUUGUCCAAAAAACAGAAUCCCUGUGGUAGUUUAUAGCAAGUGAUUUUUACUGUUAACUGACCUUUGCCAAACGGGAGCCAGUCCUUCAGAGGAGGCAAACUGACUUUUCCCAUAUUUUGUAAUCAGAAUAUACACUGUAACACAUAGAUAAUUUAGUAAAUAUUGAUGCUUUUAUAAUAUGUUGCCAAAAUAUUCCCAAUAACAUAAUUUCUGGUCUCAAAAGUAAUACUUGUAAAAAAAAAGUUAAAGCAAGAGGUUUCCAAAUGAUAGCUGUCAUUGGAAAGUAGUUAUCACAUACCGUAUUAGGAAUGCUGUUUUUUUUUAAUUGCCAUGUGAACAUCCCGAAGCUGCUAAUGCUACAAUCCUAAUUCAAUGGGACUUACUCCCAAGUAAGUGGGUAUAGUAUUGCAUCUUAAACGGCACAUCCUCUUUAAACUCCAUGGUGUUGAUACGAAAAAAUAAUAAAAAUUAUUUCCGGGUUGAAUAUCCACUGAGAUUUCUAAAGCCCCAACACAGAUUUCAACCUAGUCCCAAGUUAGAUCUAUUGAUUUAACUGGCCUUGUUCUGUGUGUGACUAAAAUUGGAUACCAUCCUAUAACAAUUUAUUGUAUAGUGAAAACGAUUUUAUAAACCCUUGGUGAAAACUUUCUGAGGUGUUGUCCUCAUAAUACAUCCUCAGGAGUUCUUCUACAUACUGGCAUGUUUCCAUUUGUUCCUUCAGAACCGGAUGUCAUUCAUGGAAUGUGUGGCUUUUUUCCUUUUAUGAUGAAAAUAAAAGUUAUCUGAAAGAAACGUCACAGAUGAAGGCAUUUUAAUGAAUUGUUUUAAGAACAGAAGAAUCUAGUUCCAGAACACAAUCAGCAAAGCUUGCAUUUGUGUCUGCAACAAGUGGAGCUACGUACAGCAGUGAUGGAGAACUAAUGCUUUAGGUCAUGCUAGACCUAUAGUCUGACUUAAAUGUAAGGCAACAUCGUAUGGUUAUCAGUUUAUAGAUAACUGGUUGUUUUUUACCAGCACACACACACACAAACCUAUCAAGCUGCACUCCAAUCCAGAAGUCCAAAACUUCCAUGGGUUCAUACAUCCUUUUUAAUAUAUUGGGGACGACGGAUGGACGGACGGACACACACACACUCGUCAUCACUUAUGACAGUGGGACCUAUGGAAGCAGUUUAAAAAUGACAAAUACAGAGGAAUCUUGGGGAGGGGGCUGGAUACAUCCUGUGGGCUGCAGGUUAGCUAUCCCUGCUACACAGCAUAGUAGUUUAAAUAAAUUAAAAGUUAUAUAUUCACAAUAACAAAUUGGCUUGAUCAAAGAUGCUAGUACUCAAUAUAGCUACAAUUUUGCUAAAAAUCCUUGUGUGUUUAGGACUGCAGCAUUAACUUGGUUUAUCCUCAGAAUAAGUGAGAGGGUAUCCUAGGUAUUUGUUUUUCCCACUGCAGCCAAUUAGUCCAUGGCAAGAGGUAGGACUUGAAUAUAGGCCUCUCACGUAUUAAGUCAAGUAGACAUUGCAGCAUGCUGUCUCUCUGUCCCCAUUCUUUUAAAUUUGUUGGACAGGCCCAAUCCUGAACCAUCUAUCCAGAAUGGAAGUGAAGAAGAGCAAAUAUUUGUAAAUGCCACCCCCUUAUUUUAUUUAGAAAUCAACUGUGACUUAUAGCUAUCAAAGCAAUAAAGACAGUAAUAAAAAACAUAAGAGCAGGUAAAAAUGAGUUUAUAAGCAGGUAGCUCAAGGCUUUAGCAUGAACCUAAAAGGUUUAUUCAAAAGUAACCUCCAUUAAGUUCAAUAGGGUUUACUGCCAGCUGUGUGUGUAGGAUUAUAGCCUCGACCACAUGAACAUGAAAAGGUCUAUGCUACAUCUAAAAUGAAAAUACUGGUUUUGAAAUAAGUCUCAUGUUUGCUUUAAAUGCCAAUGAGUUUUUCCCUCUUCCUUUGCCAAGUUAGCCAGGCCCACUUUUGCAUGUAACCUCAAAAUUUGGAAUUGGUUCCCUUUGGAGAAAUCAUGAUUUCAAACUCAAAACUCAUUGAAGCUCUGGAGUUCCGAAUGCAGAUUUAUCAGUGCACUAGAAGUUUGUUGAAUUCACAGCUUUUAUGGUUUUGAAAUGAGAUCGAAAUGUUGUCAACAACGUCUUGUAAACCUCGUUUCGCGCAACGGUGCCCAUGUAAACAAUAUUCAUUGAAAGUUUCCUGACUUUCAAAGUCGCAUCUGAAGUAUCUGCCAGUCCUAGGGGAAGUGCAUGUUUUCACGAGCCAAAGCAGCCUCUUCUCAUUCAUAAGCGC